AUGAGGCACCUUCUGUUGGUGUCUGUGCUCCUGCUCUCCACUGUCAGCGUGCUUGUGCCGCUUUGCGCCGAAACCAUGGGGCCGAUUGCCGUGAUCGUUCUGCGCUUUCUUAUGGGAGUGGGUGAGGUGAUUCCAUGGCAUGCAAUGGCUCGCUCACCUCCGCUGCUGGUGGUUUUCUACUCAAGUAUCAUUGGAAAUAUGAUGAUCGCUAUGAUACUUGUAUAUAUACCCGUAUAUUUCAAGGAUGUACUGCUGCUCGAAGUGAAACAGAACGGCUUCUAUACGGCACUGCCGCACACAUGCAAUCUGAUAUCGAAACUUAUUUGGGGAUUUCUUAUGGACUAUCUGAAGAAGAGAAAAGUGUUCACCGCUACUCAGACCGUCAAACUAUCGCAAGUUCUG